AUGGCUGAACGAGAAAGAAUUCAUCUACCAAUUUUUGCAUCAAGAAAUAAAUUUUGUGAAAGACUUCAACGAGAAAAAAUACUUAUUGUUAUGGCUGAAACAGGUAGUGGUACGACGACUCAGUUACCACAAUAUGCAGCUGAAUGUUUUCCUGAUGAUCUGAUUGUCUGUACGCAACAGCAUCCAAUUGUAGCUAUUACAUUGGCUCGUCGAGUUGCGGAAGAAUAUGAUGGUACAUUGGAAGGUAAUUCUGUCGGUUAUCAAAUUGGAAAUGAUAGUCAUCAGAAGAAUGAGUGUAUAACCGGCAAGAAUAUCAUGUACAUGACGGAUGCAGUACUCAUUCAUGAAUUUCAAAUGGAUUCAAAUUUGAGUCGAAUACGUGUCUUGAUCAUUGAUAACGCUCAGGAACGUUCAUUGAACAUAGAUAUUGUCAUGGGUAUUGCCAAAUUAUUGUUAGCCAAACGAAGAACUGACUUUUAUGUUGUUGUAAUCAUUUCGGCUACCAUCGAUCCUAUGCCAUUGUUAAAUUUUUUCGAUCAUUCAUCAAGUCGAUCAUUGGAUAUUAAAAAUCACAAAAAUUCAGUAACCGUUGAAAAUCUACCACCACCUAUUGAUUGUCCAGAUUAUAAAUUUAUUGAAUUACACCUUAUACCAACUUUAUAUCAUCUAUAUCCUAAAUAUAAAGGACAUACACUAGUAUUCUUAUCUAGUCAACGUGACAUUGAAAAAGCACUUCAAUUAUUUAAUCGUAACAUCCCAAAUAAAUGUGUGGCAUUACCUUUUUAUGGAUCAUUAUCGUUCGAAGAACAAAAUAAAGUACUCAAAUUUGAUGAACAACAAUCACAUCAACGAAUGAUUGUUUUUUGUACGAAUAUUCUUGAAACAUCAUUUACAAUUAAAAAUGUUCAACUUGUAAUUGAUACAGGUCUCAUACGGCAGCUUCGUUUUAAUAUUCAACAUCAUUUAAACAUCCUUGAAACGAUACGUAUUUCGCGAUUUUCAGCUAUUCAACGCAGAGAUAGAGCAAGUCAUACGAAAAAUGGUCACUGUGUUCGUCUUUAUAAUGAUAAUGAAUUAAAAGAAGAAAAUAUUGAACCUGAAAUUCUUCAUUCUUCACUCGAUCUAAUGAUUCUUCAAUUAAAACGUUUACAUCUCGAUGUACAAAUAUUUCCUUUUAUAACUCAACCAGAUUCAUCAUCAGUACGUAGUUCACUUGAUCUUCUCACAACUUUGAUGUGCAUUGAUAAGGAAACAAAAAUAACAAAACGUGGUGAACUCUCAGCUGAACUAUCAAUUCAUCCUCGUUUAAGUACACUUAUGAUCAAUGUCUACACGGAAUACAAAGACAGUCGACGAUUACUUUCACUUAUGGCUACUAUCGUUGCCAUUUUAUCAAUACCCGGUUCUCUCUUUUUAACCAAUGAUACUAUCAAUGAUUUGAACGAUAAUAUUCGCAGUAGGGCAAUGUCCAAUGCAAAUGAAUAUAAUAGUGAUUUGUUUAAUCUUUGCACGAUGUUCAAUGAUUGGAAAGAAAAAGGUACUAUUGAUUCGACGACUCAUAAAUGUAUCACUUGUCAUAAAGCAUCUCAACAUGAAUUCAAUACUUGUCAAUCAUGUCGAAUACACUAUUCAUUCAUGAAUGGACUUAAUCAUCAAAUUCUUCAAUUGAUCGAAAGUUCAAUAGAGUUUUACAUUGAUACUAUAACUAAUUCUCGUUGGAAGUUAACACCAGGUACUAAAACUGUUGAUAAACGCUUGAAUGAUGGAAAUAUCAUUGGAGAAUAUCUUCAAAAAUUAUUUCCUAAUCAAAUCGGACAUCUUCUUGUGCCACAUUUACCAGAUGAAGGUGUUCGCCUUAUUGCAAGUGAUCUACGUGCAAUUAUUGUCAAUAGAAGCAUAUACGUUCAACGAGCACAUGACCAUAAGGAACAAUAUUUCGUAGCCAUGUUCAUUACACGGUCACUUUCAGGAAAAUAUAUUGUCGAUCGUCUUCAUCAAAUACCUGGACAUAAACUUCCAAAAUCACCCAUAAAACAACUAGUUGUUCGAGAAAAUAUUGGAUGGUCAGUUAAUAAAGAAAUACGAAUUCUAUUCAAUAAUAUUCGUACUGAAUCGUGGGCAAAAUGGCUUGUGUAUGAGUAUGAUCAAGUGUCGUGUCGUUUAAUAAUAUGGGGUCUUAAAACAGAACAUUCUCGUCUAGAAUCGAUUUUACAACCAAUUCUAACAAAUACUCAUUCGAAAACGAUUGAAUGUGGUUCAAUACGAGCAACAUUUCAAAAUGGUUUAAUUUGUUCUUCUAUUGAAUUAAUGGAAAAUGCUCUUCGACUUGAUCUUCAACGAGUACCAUGUAAAAGUUAUGAACAAUUACUAAAUUGGCUUAAAGUAAAACUCGAUAUUAAUCGACAUGAUAUUAAAGAGAAUAAUUUUCAAGAAUCUAAAUUAUUAAGUAGGAGCGAUGAUGAUGACGAUGAUGAUGAUUAUGAAGCACCACCUUUUUACAUUUUACUAAAAUCACCAGAAGCUUUUCAACGAGCAACAGCACGUUUACCAUCACAUCAUAUAUGUUUUCAAGGAAUGUUAUCAUCAUCUACAACUGGUACACAUAUGAAUGAGAAAGAUUCAUGGGGUCGUCAAUUAGUAUUAACAAUUCCACAAGAUAGUAAAUUCAUGACUGCUAAACAAAUAUUAAAUCAACUUACUCCACAUGUCGUCGAUUGUCGACAUUUUGGUAAGAAAAGUAUGAAAGCUCUACCUGCUAUUCAAUUAAUCAAUAUGCCAAGAGAUACUAAUGAAUCCUUCCUACGUCAAAUGUUACAACCAAUCAAUCCAUUAAAUAUCAGUAUAAGACAAACACAUAAGGAUGGUACAGGUUCAUCAUCGACACAUAUAUUCUUUGCCGAUAAACAAGAACGUCAACAAGCUAUUACAAUUCUUCAAUCAGAUUUUUGUCAAAAAUCAAUUCAAAUUACUGUUCGACAUCGAACAAGUCAUCAACUUGUAAAAAAACAAAUCAUACCAACUGUUACUGAAUUAGAAGGAAAAAAUCCAAUUUCAAAUACAUUUCUUAUUACAGCAACUAAUCGUGAAUCAGCACUUCAACUAUACAAAGAUAUUAUACCAAAAAUAGAAUCAUCAUGGAAUAUUGAUGGUACAGCAACAGUAACCGUAACACAUCCUCAUUUAUAUCCUGACUUUGAUACACUCGUUCAACAAGUAGCCAAUCAAUUUGAAAUUCAAGUUCAACAACAAUCAAUCGAUCAAAAACAACAGAAAGGUCGUGGUGGUAUUCGUUGUUAUUUCAAUCAUGGUACUCCACAAAAAACGGCAUUAGCUGCAGCUAUGCUAGCACAAGCAACAUCACCGAUUAUUAUCAAAAUGACAAAUCAUCGACAGAAACAAUUGUUCGAUGAACUUUUUUCAACUGGUAUUAUUCAAAAUUGGUCAAAUAAAUUAAAACUUGAAGUAAUUAAGAAAGAAAGAUUUGGUACAUGGAUCGAAAUUCGAGGUCCUCAAGUUCAACAAGGUCAAUUGAUGCGUCAAAUUGCUGAUUAUUCUGAUACAUUUGAUGAACGAUUUCGUGUACUCGAAUUAAAUUCAACGAUAGCAAACUUUUUUGGACGAAAAAAAUUAGCUGACAGUCAACUUGAAACACUUGCUGAUAAAUGGAUAAAUUGGGGUUUACAUAUUACUUACAUAUCAAAAACAAAAUCGAUUGUCAUCUAUGCACAACCUGAAACACAACAAAAAUUCAUUGAUUCAUGUGAAACAGAGAUUAAACAAAUAUUGAGUAAACUUUCAACUGAUGGUAAUGUUAUUCGAGAUAAAAAGAAAUGUGUGUUUUGUAGUAAAACGUCCUAUUCAACGAAUACAUUACGUGCAUGUGGUCAUGCUUAUUGUCGAUGUGCUUCAACUUAUUUGCUUGAAAAAUAUCCAUUACAAUGUCGAGAAUCGAAAUGUAAGAUGAAUAUUGAUAUGGAUGAUCUAUUUGAAAUCUUUCAGGAACGAGAAGAACUUAUGAAUGCAUGCAAAAAAUCACUUCAAAUCUAUUUGAAAAAGAAUUCUAAACUAAAUGAUCAACUAUUUUGUCCUAAUGCAGCAUGUGUUGGUUUAAUUAAACGAAAUCAAGGUUACCAAACUUGUCUAACAUGUGGACGAGAUGUUUGUCCUUUUUGUUCUCUAAUUGACGAUGAAUUACAUCAAGGAAGAACAUGUAAUGAACGAAAUAUGGUUCAUAAGAUGGGCGAAUUUCUUCCCGAUCUAUUUAAGGCAGCUGAAAAAUUUGCACGCGAUAAUUGGACAACACAAACACCACCUAUCAUUCGAAUCGAUUAUAAUAUGUCCUUGGCUGAUCAGUGUCCAUCGUUGAAACGUUUCUACAAAGGUGUUGAAACUCUUGGUCAUCCUUUACCACUAGAUAUGGCACGAGGUUUUUUUACAUUUCAUGGUACAGCCCCAGGAUCCAUUAAACCAAUUUGUGUCAAUGGAUUUGAUCCAAGUCGUCGUGCAGGACAAGCUUGUGGUGUAGGAGAAUAUUUUGGUGUAACUGCAGCGAUUUCGCAUGGUUAUUCUUGUCGAGGAAACACACAAGGACCCUAUAGCAUGAUAAUUGCUUUUCUUCUCAACUGUCCUCAAUUGAGUACUCAUGCAGGCUUUUGUCAUGUAAUGAAUAAUCCAUGUGAUUGGUCACAUGCCUUCAAUUUGCCAGUUCUCGUCGUAUCUUAUGGUACUCAAACUACUUGUCCAUCGCCCUUGAGUAACUAG